AUGUUAGAAAAAAAGUUUGCUGACAUUGACAAGAAAUUUGAGAAUGUUUUAAAUAAGAACAAGAGGAAGUUGGAAAAUGCUCAGAUAAAACCCAUACAUGACAAGUUCUUAUUUGCUCAGAAUGGUAUAACAGGUCUAAUUGCACCACCUGGGUCGGGUAAGACUUUCACUUAUCUUAAAAUGGCUGCACAACAACAAGAACUAGAUGAGAAGAACCCAUUCUAUGAGUUAGUAGUCAUUUGUAGUACUUCUGGUCAAUUUGACCAAACCGUCAAUUCGUUCAAAGAUAUUAUAAAAAAGUCUAAGUUAGUAUGUAUAAAAGAUACUGAGUUGUUAGAUUGGAUAAAGAAGUACCAAAGAAGAGUUUUGAAGUACAAUGCUAUAAAUGAGUAUGUCAAUUCUAAGUUUAAAGACCCAAAUGAGGAAAUGCAGAGAAUAUUAGAGAAGAAACACUUCAGAAACAAACAGAAAGAGAUAGAAUACAUUUCGAAGAAAUUGCAAUCUUACGAUUGGAAGACUUACCCUCACAGAU